ACUACUACUACUAACGUCAACAAGCUUAAACUUUGUGAAAUUGUGAUUACCUAUAGCCUAUACACCAAAUGUUAAGGUCUCUCUUCCGACAACAUCAAGAGUUUGAACAUUAUCCCAGUAGUUCCCUAAAGAACAAUGAUAGGUACAAUGAUGGGAGAUGUUUUGAUUGUACUGGACCUUGAACAUGCUUGUGUAUACAGUCAUGCAGCCUGUUCACAAGACCCUUUGACUGGGUCUUGUUCGAUAUCAUCAAAUAGAUAUUGUCCUUUGGAGAUACAUGUGGGCUGUCUUGAAGAUGAGGUGUCCUGUAAUUAUUGUUUCUGUGGACUUAACAUUUGAGUGUGUGCUGCCACCUUUUCCUCAUUCUUAGUACAAUUUUUCGACCAGUCGUGCCAUGAAUCUCAACUUUCUUUUAACCGUUCUCUCCUUCUGUCUUCAAGACUUCAGAAAUUUGUGUGGGGGAACUAGACUCGGCAGAUUAAGGAUGAUUAAUAUUGAUGGGUUGAUGACUUUAGCUCACUUUAAAGGCUAAUACUGUACUACAAAUUCUGAUUUUCCCAGUGUCCAAGUUAACAGAUGAUCCUUUGAUUAUGAUUUUUGGUAAACUUAGUUUGUUGUUGUUACUACCUGCAUUAGUUUUUUCUAUUUGAUAGUUUAACCAGGCCACUAAAUUAAAAGUUGAUAUUGAGGAAUUCUGGGUUUGUAUAUAAGCCUUGAUCGUCUAUAUAUAGUUUUUUUAAUACUUUUUAGAGGCAAUGUUUCUCACCUUUUAUGCCCUUAUGAUUCUUUAGGAAAUGAGGGGCUGUUUUCUGGUUAUGUUGAUGGUUCUGUAAUGUGUGUUGAAUUUUGGGUACAGUUCCAAGAGUAGAAAACUGUAUAUAAAGUAUAUCUUAGUUUUACCAGACCACUGAACUGAUUAACAGCUCUCCUAGGGCUGGCCUGAAGGAUUAGAUAUUUUGGCAUAGCUAGGAACCAAUUGGUUACCUAACAACAGGACCUACAGCUUAUUGUGGGAUCCGAACCACAUUAUAUCAAGAAAUUAAUUUCUAUCGCCAGAAAUAAAUUCCUCUGAUUUCGCGUUGGCCGAGCCGAGAAUCGAAUUUCGGACCACCGGAUUGGUAGCCGAGCGCAAAAUCCACUUGUCCAAUGAUGAGCUAACUGUUUAUGUAAUCCAAGAACUAUUUAAGAGGUACAAAUGCCAGGAGAGUUAAUCUUUUCAUUGUGGUGGCUUCAUUUGGAAAAUGCAUUAGUUUGGUAAACAUGCAGUUUUACUCUUAAUUGUUCAUAUGCGUAACAAAUCUGGGUCUUAACACAAGGAUAAAUCUUCUAGUGCCAGCAGGGAACAGGUAAAAACAAUUAGUUUUGUGAUGCAAGGAUUUGGUAGCAUUGGAGAUCAGCCAUAGGGAUAAGUGAGGAGGCAAUCACUGACCUCAUCUAACCCUGUAAUGCAUUUUCUUCUUUACUGCCUUGUUGGUAGGACAUGCUGCUGCCCUUCCUCUCAAAAGCCGGUGUUUUCCUCUCUUACCCAUGUUUUCCAUUGCUUUGAAUGUUGUUUUGAUAUAUUUCUGUAUUGUGUGUUUUUGUGUGAGUGUAUUUUGACUUUUGAGUAUGCAAACCCAUCUAAGCCUUCUAAGCCUAGGAGGAAAUGUCCUGGAGUAGCAAACUACCCUUGCUCUUGUUUUCUCAUUUUGUAUGAAACUGAUCCUCAUUCUAUUUACAAUAGCUGUAGGUCUAAUGCUUGUAACAUAACUAACCGUUGCCUUGAGAGUCUUUCUUGGUUGCCUGAGCAAUGGAAGGUCUUGCCAAGAAGAGGCAGCAUAAGAAGAGGUCUGAAGCACUAUCUUGGGAAGUGUUCUCGCCUCCUUUGAUGGAUGCUUCUCAAGCUCCCCCUUUGUUCUGCCUCUUCCUUGUCAAAACUUCCUCCAGUUGCUGCUUCGAUUAUAGAAGAUUUUACCCAUUCCCAUUCUUCCAUGGCCUCAUCCUUGGAAGGUUUGGGAGAGGAAUCAGGAAAUCUUAUCACUUUUGCAGUGCUAUCUUGUUCUUCAGUUUCAGGUUGGGUGCUCAAGAGAUGUCGAACAUUUGGGCCUCGUUAGGCCUAUUAGGGGUACCAACUUUAAAUGGCCUGUUAUCUCACCUCAUGUUUAAAGUUAACAGACCUGUGGUCUUAAUGUAUACUGCCCACCUCUAACCACCCCUUUAUCUCGGGGCUGGAAGAAAUUGAAUGCAUCACAGGGUUAGAAGAGGUCAAAAGUUGCCUCCUCGGUUAUCACGAUGGCAGAUCCCCAAUGCCACCAAUUCCUUGCAUCACAGUUUUAAUAUUUUUCUUACCAGUUUCCAGCUGGGGCAAGUAGAUUUAUCCUUAUGUUAAGAUGGCAGGUUUGUUAGCUAUGAAAAAUACAAAUUAAUUUCAGUGUCAUUUUUUCUGUCUUCCAAUGACAAAAUGCCAGUUUUGGUAACAUGUUUGUAUUUUUUAAACAUUUGAUUGUACAGUUUUGCUGCUGCUUUUACUAAGAUUGGUUACUUUUCAGACUUUGAUUUGGCUUCACCAGUAUUUCUGUUCCUUCAUAAUUUUGGUUUUGUUGAUGGCCAUGUUUGUUGUUUUGUAGCUUAGUGUUUACAGGAAAUUUCAGGUUUCAGAACUUUAUUUCAGAUUCAAAGAAUAUAGAUAUUGUGAUAUUGCACUGUACUUUAUAAGUAUGAAUUUUAACAUGCAUAUACGUAUGUUUCAUACUGGAUUUCUUGAAUACUCCUAAUUGUAAGUGAAUUUGGCCACUCUUAUAGAAUGGUAAAUCUUUUAACUCAUGUGUGUUGUGUAUGCACCAAAAGGAAUUGAAAGUCGUGUACUGUCUGUAAUUUGAUUGCUGUUAAAGUUAACUUUUUAAUAUUCAAAGUUAAAUAAGUAUGCUUCAUGUAAAAUUUCUUUUGACAUAAAUUCUGAUAUGUUUGUGACCUAUUUAAUUUGUAGCUCCAAAGGAUACUGUAUUGUAAAUACAAGGUAGCAAGAAAUCUUUAUUCCAUUACAUUGAAAUGAGACUUUUCGUGUUCUUGAACAUAAUUAAGCAAGGUUCAUUGUGGUCCCAGGCUCAUGUCAAAGUGAAUCCAUCAGUAUUUUUUGUCACUGAUGUUAUCACGAAUCUAAAGUUGCAGUUCUCUUACAGGUGUAGUUUGUUAAAAUUGGAAAGAAGAAUAAAAUAAAGGCCUAGUGCCACCACCCAAGGAGCUGGCCUUAUGGGACUGCACUGGUGCCACUUGAGUCUCCCUUGCUCUUCUGCUGCCAGAGGAUGCAUAAAGCUCCUAUUACACGUAUCCGGUUUCCUACGGCUAACCUGGCCUACGGCGCCGUAGGAAAAUUCUGGCCUACGGCUAGUUAUUACACGUAUUUGAACGGCCGGUGGCAAGUGGGUGAGUGUGGCACUGUUUGUGGUGGAGGAGUGACAUGUCUUCUCUCGACGACAAUCUCGUUGCUAUUGCUCUAGCGUGCUGUUUGAAGGUGAAAACAAGAAAAAGGAAGAUUUGGUCCAAACAUUGGCUGCGUAAACGACAAAAAUACUCUCGUGUUAACUUAAUGAAGGAACUAGCACUAGAAAAAGAUGACUGGUUUAACUACAUGCGAAUGGAUCAUGACACAUAUUUGGAACUCUUAAGUCAGGUAUCACCUUUAAUAGAAAAAAAGGACACUUGCAUGAGAGAAGCAAUUAGUCCACAUGAGCGUCUUUCAGCCACUUUGAGAUUUCUUGCUACAGGAAGAACAUAUAGCGAUCUAAAGUUUACAACAAUUAUAUCGCAGCCUUCUCUCAGUGCAAUAAUCCCAGAAACAUGUGCAGCAAUCUACAAAUGUUUAGGCCCAAAAUAUCUGAAGUUUCCAUCAACACAGCAUGAGUGGGAAGAAAUCGCAAAGGAGUUUGAGAGAAUCUGGAAUUUUCCACACUGUGUCGGAGCUGUGGAUGGCAAACAUGUCAAGAUUGUGCCACCUCCAGAAUCAGGAUCAUUCUACUACAAUUACAAGGGUUUCCAUAGUAUGGUACUAAUGGGCAUUGCCAAUGCAAAGUAUGAAUUUAUUCUUUGUGAUUUCGGCAUCAAUGGACGAAUUUCAGACGGAGGGGUAAUAAACAGGACCACUUUUUAUGACAAAUUGUGCAAAGGACAUUUAAAUCUUCCGCAAGAAAAUAAAAUUGAAGGUUCUGAAAAAGUAUUACCUUAUGUGUUUAUAGGCGAUGAAGCUUUUGCUAUGAGAACUGAUUUUUUAAGACCCUUUAGUCAAAAGGACUUAUCAUAUGAGAGAAGGAUCUUUAAUUAUCGCCUGAGCAGGGCUCGCAGAAUUAUCGAAAAAGUGUUUGGAAUUUUGGUUUCGCGCUUUCGUAUCUUUCAAACUGCUAUAAAUUUAUUGCCAAGAAAUACUAAAUAUGUAGUAUUGGCUUGUUGUGUACUUCAUAAUUUUUUACGUGCAAAAUGUAUCGGGUAUUCUAUCCCAGAUGAGUCUGAUGAACAAGCUGAAGAUAUUAUGAGUCAAGUCGAACAAUCACUAGCAGGCUUGCAAAGAGGGACUAUGAGAAAUACCCCCAAUGCUGCUAAGAAAGUACGAGAUACAUUUAUGAAUUACUUUAAUAACGAAGGAAAAGUUGCAUGGCAGGACAAUGUAUAAUAAUCUUAGUUUGCUUUUCUACUGAAUGGUAAUGAGUUAUCCAAAUAUUUAAAUAAAGAAAUAGUGUGAAUUAUUCAACUGAAUAUUUGUAAGCUUUCUUUUGUUUGUAAAUAAAAUAUGACAUGAUUAUA